CGGAGCCCGCGGUGGCGCCCGGGACCGGUGCUGCCGGAGAGCCAGGCGGUCGCGUCCCGGUGCCGAUGAACCUGUUUGCGACCUGGGAGGUCGACCGGUCCUCUCCGAGCUGCGUGCCCAGGUUGUGCAGUCUGACUCUGAAGAAGCUGAUGGUUUUGAGGGAGCUGGACAAAGAGCUCAGCUCUGUUGUCAUCGCUGUUAAAAUCCAGGGCUCUAAACGAACCUUGAGAUCCAACGAGUAUCUUCUUCCUCCAGACGGCCUCAUGGAAACAGACCUGGAGCUCACCUUCUCACUGCAGUAUCCUCAUUUCCUGAAGCGAGAUGCAAACCAUCUGCACGUGAUGCUGCAGAGGAGGAAGAGGUACAAGAACCGAACCAUCCUGGGCUACAAAACCCUCGCAGUGGGAGUCAUCAACAUGGCCGAGGUGAUGCAGCAUCCAACUGACGGAGCCCACAUCCUCGGUCUCCAUAGCAACCUGAAGGAUGCUUCGGUGCGUGCAGCGGAGCUGAGCGUCCUCUCUCUCUCCAGCCAGCCAAUUGAACAGGAGGACACAAGCGCUCACCAUGGCAACAAGACCAAGGCCUCGGAUUGCUCUCCUGACAUGGAGAACUACUGGGAGGACGACGACGACACCUUCUCCUCCGAACAGGAAGGAAGUGAUGAUGGAGGCCCGCCGCAGGACAUGUAUGACGACGACGAUGAUGUUCAGGGAAAGACGAAGAAGUCUCACAGGAAAAUGAUCCAAACAGCCUCCCUGACUCAGCAGCCGAACUUCAAACAGAAGUUUGUGGCUCUGUUGAAGAGAUUCAAAGUAACUGAUGAGGUUCUGGACUCAGACCCGGUGGGUCAGAGUCAGGAGGCUGAGGAGGACCUGGAUCUCUUGUAUGACAGUCUGGAGGUUUACAACCCGAGCGACAGCGGUCCCGAGCUGGACGACAACGACAGCAUCCUGAGCACACCUAAACCUAAACUCAGGCCGUUCUUCGAGGGGGUUUCUCAGUCGAGCUCUCAGACUGAGAUUGGGAGUCUCCACAGUCCAAGGAGCCAGCAGAGAGAACACACAGCAGCCGCGGCAGAGCUGCAGCCUCCUGGAGCUCAGGGGCCCCGAGGUCCCGAGGAGUCCAGGGCAGAGGAGGCCGACCCCGGGGAAGCUGAGGAUGAUGUUGCCAUGGGAACAGAUGCAGGUCCAGCUGCCAAACUUUGUAAAACUGAGUCUCAAACACACAUGUCACCAAGUAAGACAGGAAGUCAGGUGUCUCGCCACCCAUGGAGCAUCUCCAUGAAAGAGAGACAGAACUCUCGAGGGACAGACAGAACCAGCAGCUUCGACAGUGAGACGUCGUCUGAUUACAGGAUACCUGCUCCACAGGUUGCCAGGAAGUCAGUCUUGGAUCAGCUGAACCACAUCUUGUUCUCUGAUGAUCAGAUUCCUGAGUCCAUCAUCCUGAUCAACACCACAGACUGGCAGGGACAGUAUCUGUCAGAGGUUCUUUUCGAUCAGCCGAUCGUCUGCACCGUCUCAGCCGCUGAUGUUCAGGCCGCCUUCAGCGCCAUCAUCAGCCGCAUCCAGAGAUUCUGUAACUGUAACUCCCAGACGCCGCCCACAGUGAAGGUGGCGGUGGGUGGAGAUCAGAGCUACCUCAGCACCGUCCUCUGCUGCUUUGUUGAGCAGCUGGCCAGCAAGACACCUGAUUGGCUGAACUACGUCCGCUUCCUUGUCCUCCCUCUUGGAGCCCACCCGCUGGCCAAGUACCUGGCCUCCCUGGAUGGUAAAUUCAACAGCCUGUUCAUGGACUCUGGCUGGAGGGAGCUGUUUGGACGUCUGGAGCCUCCUCCCCUCGAUCCUGUGGGUGUAGCAGGCCGAGUGUCUCAGUACCUGACCGGAGCUGCUGUUUCUCACCUGUGUCCGAUCUCAGAGGCCAUGCUCACCUGCAAGCACAAGAGCCCUGACGACGACUCCUGCCAGAAGUUUGUUCCUUUUAUCGGGCUGGUGAAGGUCGGCAUCGUGGAGCAGAACUUCCUGUCCACCUCAGUGGACUCUGAUGACAUCAUACUGGGAUCUCCUCCCUCCCAGUCAGGAGCACCCAUCAACCCCACCUCCACACCUCCUCCCUCCCCCUCCACCAGCUGUCCGGGGGAGGUGAUGGGCCUGCAGGUGGACUACUGGAGCAGCCAUGGGGGGGCAGGGGGAGGAGGAGGAGAGCGGAGGAAGGAGGUGGGGAUGAAGAACACGCUGAAGAGCAACUUCCGCUGUCUGCAGGUGUCGAGGAUCAGCGGAGGAGAACUGAUGAGCAUGACGGUGGUGACCAAAGAGAAGAACAAGAAAGUCAUGUUCCUCAGUAAGAAGAUGAAGGAGAAGGAGGCGGAGUCGAGGAGUCAGGUCAUCGAAGGCAUCAGCAGGUUGAUCUGUACCUCCAAACACCAACACACACUAAGAGUGUCCAUAGACGGAGUGGAGUGGAACGAUGUGAAGUUUUUCCAGCUGGCUGCUCAGUGGCCAACACACGUCAAAUACUUUCCUGUUGGGAUGUUCGGGUACAGCAAACCGUGACCCUCCUCGUCCUGGGUCAGAUCCACGGUUUGGACCAGCAGAGGAGCAGAAACCUUGUUUGCCUUUUUUUUUACUCACAUCAUGUUGGAACAGAAAUAUUUGUAACCUGUAAGUUAUUUUUUAAUUAUUUAAAUGAUAAUGAAUAUUUAUUACUGUAAGUACUGUACACAGCUUCACCUGUGUGUGUGUGUUUG